AUGUCACAUCCAAUUUGUAUACGGCUUGUUGGUGGGAGUUACACUGGUGAAGGGCGUGUCGAAGUCAAGUACCAUGACGCCUGGGGAACUGUCUGUGAUGAUGGUAUUAUUGACACUAACGCUAAAAGUUGUUUGUCGAGAGUUGGGAUGUGGCAUGGCGCGAUUCAAAAGCAGAGUGCUCCAUUUGGACAAGGGACGGGGUCAAUAGUUCUAGAUGAUGUAUCUUGCACAGGAACAGAAAAGUCCAUAGCAAGUUGUCAGCAUAAUGGGUUUACAAUAACCAACUGUAACCAUAGUGAAGACGUCGGUGUUGUGUGCUUUUCAGUCCGCUUGAUUGGAGAAUCGACAUCUAAUGGAACAGUGAUUGUAAAACUGGGAAAUACAGAGGGGAGUGUCUGCGAUGACAACUGGGAUAAUGAUGACGCUAGUGUUGUUUGUGGGAUGCUGGGAUACAAUGGCACUACAGCUCAGACAGUAUCUAACGCUCGUUUUGGAGAAUUUUCUGGGCAGAUGUGGAUGGAUGGAGUCAAUUGUGGGGAUAGUGAAUCAGCUCUUGCUAAGUGUACCUUCAACGGAUUUGGAAAAAAUGACUGUAGUCAUAGCGAAGAUGCUGGCGUAAUAUGUUACUGUAGUAAUCUGCCUUACAGAGUUUAUUGA